GUUUCUUUAAGUGGAGGUUGAGAGGGAGGGAGAAGCGGUGGCCCGGCUGGAGAGCAUCCCUCGCCGGAUGAGCGCUGGGUUUUCUCUGUAAGCUGCUGCUUUUUCUGACAGUGCUCGACCACAGAGGAAACUCAACAGAGGAAGCGGCUCGCUCUCUCGACUUCACAGAGCUUCUGAACAAAACUAAAACAACUGUCCGCUCGCUGUGUUCGAUCGCAUCUCAGAUAGUAAAACUCUUUUAGGUUAGUGAUAAAGAAGAGGAAAUAUGUCCGGACCGCCACCACCGCCCCCUCCUGGCCCUCCUCCAACCUUCGCACUGGCAAACACAGAAAAGCCAAAUCUGAGCAGAUCCGAGCAGCAAGGGAGAAACGCUUUGCUAUCAGAUAUCAGCAAAGGAGCUCGACUGAAGAAGGCCGUCACCAAUGAUCGGAGUGCCCCGGCGCUGGACAAGCCCAAAGGAGGUGGAGGAGGUGGAGGUGGAGGUGGAGGAGGAGGAGCCCAGGGUGGACUGGGUGGGCUGUUUCAGGGUGGGAUGCCAAGACUGAGAUCAUCAGGAAACAGAGACAACACUGCAGUAAGACCACCGAUGCCUCCUUCAGUGGGAGAUUCCCAGCACCCGGCAGCCCAGCGGGAAACAGACCCCCGCUCCCGACCGCCGGGAGACCUUCUCCUGGGAGGGCCGGACCCCCACCUGUACCACAUUCAUCUCGCUCACCCCAGCACAGCUCUCCCAGCGGCCCACCGGCUCUACCUGGAGGACGCCCGUCAGGUCCCUCACCAUCUCUUCCUCCCCCCAACCCGUCGAGCAGACGUCCAAGCCUUCCUCCACCGAGGGAGUCCCAGGCUUCCUUCCCUCCACCCCCGAUGCCCUCAAGUGCCCGGCCCGUUACCCACAACCCCAAGCAGGCCUGCAGAUGACUUCCCUCCGCCUCCACCACCCACUGGAGGAAAAAAAGAGUCAUUUUCUCGAAAUGGACCAUUACCACCCCCGCCGCCAUCAACCGAGAGUAAACCACUGAGUUCUCAGAGGCCUAUGGGUAAUCCGCCUCCAUCCUUACCUCCAGGAAGAGGAGGAGCGCCACCCGUCCCGCCAUCCUCACGGGACGAGCUCAGCUCAAGAGGCUCUCAGAGAAACAGCUUUCCUCCUCCUCCGCCUCCUGGCCGCUCCAGCCCGCUGCCGCCACCGCCCAAUGAGAGGCCGCCUCCAUCGGGAAGAAGCCCAUCCAUACGGUCAGGUCCUCUACCACCUCCACCCACUGGAGGAGGAGGCAGAGGAACGGCUCCCCCCGUGCCUCCUCCCAACCGGCCCGGAGGAUCAGGGAGACCCCCUCUACCUCAGGACCCUCCCAAAGUGCCCAGCUUCCCUCCACCACCCCCUGACACCAUCAAUGGCUACCAGUGCCCUCCACCACCUGCCACAGAUGAGUGGGGGAAGAGGUUUUCCUUCCAUCCUCUGUCUGAAUUACCUCCACCAGAGCCGUACACCUCCUUCUCCAAGUCUUACCCCAGCAAAGCGGGUGGCAAAGGAACGAGAGACAGAGGAGCGCCACCGUUGCCACCCAUUCCCAGAUGAAAUGCUUUGAUAUUAUAUAGCGGGAUCUGGAUUUUCAUCGGCUGAAUGAGACUCAGGAACUCUUCUGUGAAAAUAUGAAUGUUUUUAGCUUUUCAGUUACAUUUUCCAAAUCACUUUUGCGUGCAUUGCGGGUUUUUAUAUCAUGGUACGAAUGUAUGUCCAGAUAUAGCGAUUAAAGUGCAUUCUGUCGUCUUUUGA